AUCAUGGCCUCUGAUCUUUCUUUGGAAGAGAUCAAGAAUGAGCAAGUUGAUCUCGAAAACAUCCCCGUUGAGGAGGUGUUCAAGCAGCUGAAAUGUAGCAGGGAAGGCUUGUCUGAAGAGGAAGGAGCGAAGAGGCUCCAAAUUUUUGGACCCAACAAGCUUGAGGAGAAAAAGGAAAGCAAGCUUCUUAAGUUCUUGGGGUUCAUGUGGAAUCCUCUGUCAUGGGUUAUGGAAUCUGCAGCUGUGAUGGCAAUUGUUUUGGCCAAUGGAGGGGGCAAGCCUCCAGAUUGGCAAGACUUUGUUGGUAUCGUCGUCUUGCUCAUCCUCAACUCAACUGUUAGUUUCAUUGAAGAAAAUAAUGCAGGAAAUGCUGCUGCAGCACUCAUGGCUGGUCUUGCCCCCAAAACCAAGGUUUUGAGGGACGGUAAAUGGACGGAGCAGGACGCAGCAAUCCUGGUUCCAGGAGACUUGAUUAGUGUCAAGUUGGGAGAUAUUAUCCCAGCUGAUGCUCGUCUCUUGGAGGGAGAUGCUCUCAAGAUUGAUCAGUCAGCCCUGACUGGUGAGUCACUACCUGUAACAAAGAACCCUGGUGAUGAAGUCUUCUCUGGUUCCACCUGCAAGCAAGGUGAAAUCGAGGCUGUGGUCAUUGCCACUGGUGUCCAUACCUUUUUUGGCAAAGCUGCCCACCUUGUUGAUAGCACCAACCAUGUCGGUCACUUCCAAAAGGUGUUGACUGCCAUUGGGAACUUCUGUAUAUGCUCCAUUGGCUUGGGUAUGGUAAUUGAGGUUGUAGUGAUGUACCCAGUGCAGCACAGGAAAUACAGAGAAGGAAUCGACAAUUUGCUGGUUCUGCUCAUUGGAGGUAUCCCAAUUGCCAUGCCAACAGUCUUGUCUGUGACAAUGGCUAUUGGGUCUCACAGGCUAUCAGAGCAAGGUGCCAUAACAAAGAGGAUGACAGCUAUUGAGGAGAUGGCUGGCAUGGAUGUCCUCUGCAGUGACAAGACAGGAACCCUCACCCUUAACAAGUUGACUGUUGACAAGCAAAUGAUUGAGGUAUUCCCCAAGAACAUGGACAAAGACAGUGUUGUCCUGUACGCUGCUAGGGCUUCUAGAACUGAGAACCAGGAUGCAAUUGAUGCUUCAAUUGUUAACAUGUUGAGUGACCCAAAGGAGGCGAGAGCAGGAAUCACUGAGCUCCAUUUCCUUCCUUUCAAUCCAGUAGAAAAGCGCACAGCAAUUACCUACAUUGACUCCAAUGGAGAUUGGCACAGAAGCAGCAAGGGUGCUCCUGAGCAAAUUAUUGAUCUUUGCGAACUCAAAGGGGAAGUGAGGAAGAAGGCACAUGACAUCAUUGACAACUUUGCUAACCGUGGCCUUCGUUCUUUAGGUGUUGCCCGACAGGCUGUACCUGAGAAGAACAAAGAAAGUGCUGGUGGCCCCUGGGAGUUCAUCGGUUUGUUGCCUCUCUUUGACCCUCCAAGACACGACAGUGCAGAGACCAUCAAGAAAGCUCUUGAUCUCGGUGUUAAUGUCAAGAUGAUCACUGGUGACCAGUUGGCUAUUGGCAAAGAGACCGGUCGUAGGCUCGGAAUGGGCACCAACAUGUAUCCCUCGUCCUCCCUGCUAGGCCAGAGCAAGGAUGAGUCCAUUGCUUCAAUUCCCAUUGAUGAGCUAAUUGAGAAAGCUGAUGGCUUUGCUGGAGUCUUCCCUGAGCACAAAUACGAAAUUGUGAAGAAGUUGCAAGAGAGGAAGCACAUUUGUGGAAUGACAGGAGAUGGUGUGAAUGAUGCCCCAGCACUGAAGAAGGCAGAUAUUGGUAUUGCAGUGGCAGACGCAACUGAUGCAGCAAGAAGUGCAUCUGACAUUGUUUUGACCGAACCAGGACUUAGUGUCAUUGUUAGUGCUGUUUUGACAAGCAGAGCCAUCUUCCAGAGGAUGAAGAACUACACCAUCUAUGCUGUUUCAAUCACAAUCCGUAUUGUCUUGGGAUUCUUGCUCAUUGCCCUCAUCUGGAAGUUCGACUUCUCACCUUUCAUGGUCCUGAUCAUCGCUAUCUUGAAUGAUGGAACCAUCAUGACCAUCUCCAAGGAUAGAGUGAAGCCAUCCCCUGUGCCUGAUUCAUGGAAGCUCAAGGAAAUCUUUGCCACUGGUGUUGUCCUCGGAACCUAUCUUGCCGUCAUGACGGUGGUGUUCUUCUACCUCGCAGCUGACACUGAUUUCUUCUCGAAUAUCUUCAAGGUCAGGUCAAUCAGAGGUCACCCAGAUGAACUCACUGCUGCCCUUUACCUCCAAGUUAGCAUCAUCAGUCAGGCACUGAUCUUUGUUACUAGAUCAAGGAGCUGGUCCUUUGUCGAACGCCCUGGACUCUGGCUUGUCACUGCUUUCUUUAUUGCCCAGUUGGUGGCUACCUUUUUUGCUGUCUAUGCAAACUGGAGCUUUGCUAGAAUCCAAGGUAUUGGAUGGGGCUGGGGUGGAGUCAUCUGGAUCUUCAGCAUUGUCACCUACUUCCCUCUUGACAUCCUCAAGUUCAUCAUCCGCUAUGCAUUGAGCGGCAAGGCCUGGGAUUCCAUGAUCCAGAACAGGACUGCUUUCACCACCAAGAAGGACUAUGGCAGGGAAGAGAGAGAAGCACAAUGGGCCUUGGCUCAGCGCACACUUCAUGGGCUUCAAACUCCAGAAUCUGCUGGCUUGUUCAAUGACAAACACUACAGAGAGCUGUCUGAAAUCGCCGAGCAGGCCAAGAGAAGGGCUGAGGUUGCAAGAUUGAGGGAGCUUCACACUCUUAAGGGACAUGUCGAAUCAGUGGUCAAGCUGAAGGGAUUGGACAUCGAAACCAUCCAACAACACUACACUGUUUAGGAGAAAUCAUGUUCAGAGGAUCAGAUUGUGAAUCAAUGAAUUGAAGGCCUGGAAAUUUGGAGAUCAAAUCAGCAUUCUUUCGACAUCACAUUAUCACCAUUUUAGA